AUGCAGCCAGACGGCUCCCGGGAGAGGUCGAACCCGGCAGAGGUUAAACCUGACGCUUUCCUAACUGUUUUCUUUCCGUUGCUCCCUCAACAUUUUGCGAGCGGAGGCACGUCAAGCCGUUCGGAUGAUCUGAUGCUCUCCUUGCCUCAAAUUAUUCCUGGCCAGAUGCAGUGGAUACUUUUCCUGUUGCUGUUAUUCGUAAACUCCAUGGAAAUGCUCACUCAAGCCAGGAGGAAGAAACGAGUCAGCGUCGCCUUGUUUGAGAACUGCACGGGGUGCGUGAUGUGUUCGGAGGAGAACGGCUGCACCGCCUGCCAACAGAGGCUGUUCCUGCUCAUCUGGAGGGACGGGAUCCGCCAGUACGGCGCAUGCGUCCACGCCUGCCCACCGGGUUACUUUGGACUGCGAGGCAAAGAGCUCAACAGAUGCGGAAAGUGCAGGUCCCCCAGCUGCGAGAGCUGCUUCAGCAAAGAUUUCUGCAUGAAAUGCAAAGAGCACUUCUUCUGCACAAAGGGAAAUGCUUCAGCGCGUGCCCACCGGAGACCCUGGCCCAGUCCAGCACCAGGGAAUGCCAAGAAAAGUGCGAGAUGGGUCCUUGGAGCCUUUGGAGCCCCUGCACAAACCAGGGUCAGACCUGCGGCUGCAAGUGGGGCAUGACUACGAGGGUCCG